UGGCGGGAGAGACCUCAGUGAGGGCAGACCGAUCUGAACGCCCGAACCCGCGGCGGACAGCGAGGCAGUGAGAGCGUCGCGGCCCGGACCAUGGAGGAGGGCGGCAGCGCUGGCAGCGACAGCAGCACCGGCGGGAGUGGCGGGGCGCAGCAAAGGGAACUGGAGCGCAUGGCUGAGGUCCUGGUCACCGGCGAGCAGCUACGCCUGCGCCUGUGCUUAGAACAGUGUCUGGUAUAUAGGAAGCACCAUCUCAAGAUAUAUCCUCGGUGCACUGUAGCAAAGCACCUUCUGUUUUGGCUCCUUGAAUUGAGGCACUCCGGAGACCGAGAGACAGCAAUUAAACUCAUGCAGAAAUUAGCAGACCGGGGCAUUAUUCAUCAUGUGUGUGAUGAGCAUAAGGAGUUCAAGGAUGUCAAACUCUUCUACCGCUUUAGAAAGGAUGACGGCACCUUCCCAUUGGACAACGAAGUGAAGGCCUUUAUGAGAGGACAGAGGCUGUAUGAGAAGCUAAUGAGCCCUGAAAACACACUCCUGCAACCCAGGGAAGAGGAAGGGGUCAAGUAUGAGCGUACUUUCAUGGCAUCUGAAUUCCUAGAUUGGCUGGUUCAGGAAGGUGAGGCCACCACAAGGAAAGAGGCAGAGCAGCUUUGCCACCGGCUUAUGGAACACAGCAUCAUCCAGCACGGUUUCCGUGUCACAGUGCUGAAGAGACCCGUCACUUCUGAGGAACUCCUGACGCCUGGGGCUCCCUACGCAAGGAAGACAUUCACGAUUGUUGGCGACGCUGUUGGCUGGGGCUUUGUGGUGCGAGGAAGUAAGCCAUGCCACAUCCAGGCUGUGGACCCCAGUGGCCCUGCAGCCGCGGCAGGAAUGAAGGUCUGUCAGUUCGUCGUCUCUGUCAAUGGGCUCAACGUGCUGCACGUAGACUACCGGACUGUGAGCAACCUGAUUCUGACGGGCCCUCGCACGAUUGUCAUGGAGGUUAUGGAAGAGUUAGAGUGCUGAGCAGCCAGGCCUCCCAGCACUCUGGUGGCCUGUAGUGAUCACAACCAGAAGCACACAAAGUAAUUCAGUGACAAGACUUCCAUGCAAAUGGACGGCUGUGGAUAUACGAAUCUUUUUGCCAUAUGUACACAUCUUCAGUUGAGUUUCAUACACUGACUGUGGAAGAACCGGGUAACACAUCUUUUAAAAAAAAAAAAAAAAUCAAUGUAGAAAACGUUUAGGAAACAGAGUUUUCCUACAUGAUAGAAUUGCCUUACUAGAUUUCUAUUUGUAGUUUUCAUUCGUUGUUUUUUAUUUUAGAUUGCAAAAAGUUGUUGAAAUGUUUCUCUGGCCAAAACAGCAACCUACUAAAACCCCCUUCUUAGGAGUCCAUAGAAUAGUUGUUGCAGGCUUCAAAUUGUACUCUUACCAAAAUUAGCAGGGGACUGUUUAAUAAAGGAUCUAGAUUUCACCAAGCUUCAAAUUAAAGCAACAUCUAAAAGAAUAGUAUCUGUUAACUAGCAUUUUCAGGAAGGUUCUAAAGCAUUCAAUUGCUUAAAUUAAAGCCAUCAAAAAAUGACUUUUUCUUAAUUCCUGCCUUUAUAACAAAUUUAACUUAAUAUAUAUUUCAAUUAUGGCAUUAGUUGAAAAACAGAAAGCCAAAAACUUUGUGAUGCUAUGGACGGGGUUAGAUAGGGAGAUACUAUUUAAAAUUGUUUGCCCCUAUUUUCUCUUUCUGAGCCUAGAUCAUUUUUGUUCUAUAAAUAAGCUACAGCAGCUUUCUAGAAUUAAUCCUGAAUAUGUUGAAUGUUAGAACAGAGAAGUUCAUAUAUACACAUAUAAUUCAAAAUCAAACCUUUUGACGAGAUUUCAUUUUGAAAGUGUCCCUUUUUAAGGGAAGUAUUCUAGAACUUGGCCCAUAUGUGAUAAAACUUGAAACUCUAAAUUGCCUACUUAGCUUGAAUUUUUACUAGCUUUCUAGUGUGACAUAUUCUAAGGACAUGACAUGCUGCUUAUUGGUGGGGGGGAUUAUUUUUCACCGAAAUUACCAUCGUGUGUUGUCACUUGUAUAUAUUGCAUGUUUCCUUUUUUGAUCUAGAAAAGAGUACAUUUGGGGACUUGGUGUGUAGAGGAAAUUUCUCAAAGUGCCAAAUUAGGGAGUCAGGGAAUGCUCAAUUUGUCUUCAUUUCAGAUAAUGAAUCUGAACAACAAAGUUACUUUCUUAUGCAUUAACAAAAUAAAAUAUGAAUGUUGUACCUCAGCAUUUUUUAAGAUAGGUUAUCAUAAUGUAUUGGUACUGGUGGGAUGGACAUAAGACGUUAUAUAUGUAUAAAUAUGUAUAUGUUUCUGGUAAUCCAACUUUUCUGAUCUGUAGCUUUAGCGAGAAAACUGAAUUCUGAAGAAAUAUAGAAUGUCUGACAUUAAUACUGUUGAUCUA